UUUCUCUGCUUCCAGUUAUCCCUUAUCCAUCUCACUUCAACUCAGCUGAGCAAAACCAAGUGAACAAGUGUUUGGUGCAAACACAGGGACUCUAUGAUUAAGCACCGGACUCAGAAGCCUCCCCCAGGGCAGCACAAACACUGUGAGAGAUGUUUCAGCCGGCACUGCCGUGCACCGAUUGAGCCCUCCGUCUCCUGCAUGGUGAUCAGCUGCCACCUUCGCUGCGGGGCAACCUUUCACAUGUGCAAGGAGGAGGAGCACCAAUUGCUCUGUCCUUUAGAGCAGGUCUCUUGCCUCAACUCAGCAUAUGGCUGUCCUUUCUCCAUGGCCCGCUUUAAGCUGGCAAAGCACCUUCAAGUCUGUCCAGCCAGUGUUGUCUGCUGCUCAAUGGAGUGGAAUCGCUGGCCAAAUGUGGAUUCAGACACAACCCUCCAUCAGAAUAUUAUGAAGGAAACCUUGAAUGAAGACUGUCUUGACACGGCCUUGGCCCUCAGAGACCAGAAAAUACUUUUCAGGACUUUGAAAAUGGCUGAAUUGUUUCCAGAAUGGAGAGAAAAGUAUGAAGUGGAAGAACUAAUGGAUGAAGCCACAGGGGAGGAAGAAGGUGCUGUGGGAGGAUUAACCAGUGGUUCUCUAGAAGGUGAUCACCAAUCAUCUGACCUCAGCCAACGUGAGCGGGAAGAACUGGCAAAGGACAAAGAAGGAAUGGAUCUAGGGGGUUACAAAACCUGGGAGAACAUUUUCAGCAAAGAGCUCUUGGCUUGCAAGGUAACAGGCUCAGCAGUCAGUGCAGGGAAAAAGACAGAGGAGGCUUCCAAGAAAAUAGCAUCAGCCACUUGCACUGAUACCUCCACAGAGAAGGCAAAGAAAAUACCUGAUGCAGAAGAAGCGAAACACCAAAAGACUGAACAGGUAGCACCAAAUACAGAAAUGACAGGACUGGCUCCCUGGCAAGAAGGAGUCCUGGAGAGAUUGAAGAAAGAAGUUGGUGUAGCUGAUUACAAUAUGUAUCUGGUACAUCAUGGGGGAAUGCUCAUUCGCUUUGGCCAGCUAGCUGCUUGCACUCCCAAAGAAAAAGACUUUGUGUAUGGGAACUUAGAAGCUCAGGAGGUAAAGACAGUUUACACCUUCAAAGUGCCAGUUAGCUAUUGUGGCAAAAGAGCACGACUGGGAGAUGCCCUGGGACACAAGAUGCCAACCGCAGACAAGUUGGUGGAUACCUCAGAAUUGGGAAUAAGCCUAGAAGAACUACCUAAAGCAAAUAUAAUUAAAACUACUUUGUUGUGUGCACUGGAAAAAGAACUGAAAGGACAUGAGAUCUCUGAAACAAGGGGUAUUGAUGGACUUUUUGUGGAUUUUGCAACUCAGACAUACAACUUCGAGGUGGAACCCUUCUCCUCCAAUGCUGUUCUAGCAGAUAUUGUAGAUGAAAAAAGCCCACCAGAACUCCAUGUGGAGCUCUACACAGAAUGUGUUACAAGGAGACACAACAAAAGCAGUUCAGCUUUCACAUUCAUGUGCAGUCACUUCUUCAGAAGGGAUGAGUUCCCAUCACAUUUCAAGAAUGUGCAUGCUGAUAUCCAAUCAUGUCUGGAUGGAUGGUUCCAGCAUCGCUGUCCGCUGGCCUACUUGGGAUGCACUUACGUUCAAAACCACUUCCGCCCCGCUGGAUAUAAGGCCAAGGUUAUAUACAGCCAGCCUCUCAAGACAUUUGCUAUUAAACCAGAGGUUGACACCCUCCUUGUUGAAUCAGGAAAGUGCAACUCCACGGUCACUAAUCGAGGGAGAAAUAAAGACUCGCUGAGUAGCCUGCCAGUAGAAGUGCUCAAGUACAUUGCUGGAUUCCUGGACAGCUUCAGCUUAUCUCAGCUAUCGCAGGUGUCAGUGCUGAUGAGGAACGUCUGUGCCACUCUUCUUCAAGAGAGAGGAAUGGUCCUACUGGUCUGGGAGAAAAAAAGAUAUUCCCACGGAGGUACUUCAUGGAAAGCUCGCAGAGAGAUCUGGCAGUUCAGCAGCCUGUUCUCCACAGUUAACAAAUGGCAGUUCAAUGAUGCCAUGAGCAUGUCUGAACACCUGAAGAACUGUCCUUUCUACGACGUGGAGCACAAGAAGGACCCUGUGUUGCUGACGAGCAUGUGUGAACGUCGAGAUAAGAUUCAAAAGACCUUGGUCUCUACUUUCAAGCACAGAUUCUAAACAACCUGCAUCCCUUUCGCCAUGGUCCUUUCAAGGUCGUUUGAAAGAAGAUUUGGAAAUCUGGUUGUAAAGAUUGUUGUUUCUAACUCUCAUUCGGAAAUACAAAAUUGGCUUCCCUCCAGCUAUAUCUGGAACAUCCUGCAUCUUUUUCUUGCAUUAAUUUAAUUGUUAAAACGUCAUCCAUAGAGUUCUGGCACACUGCUCACGGAUGUCAUGUGCUUUCUAUUUCUUUUUCUGUUCUUUGCUUAAUUGAGAAACCUGGAGAAAGUAAUAAGGAUAUUGUCUGAAAGUAGCAACCUUGAAGGUAGGUCAUUGCUCCUACACCAUGUCCCUGAGAGAAAAAAGAACAGUUAAUGUAGGUAUGUUAAUGUAGGUACAGCUUGACUAGUUCUGGGCACACAGACAGGUGCUCUCCAGCCUGACAGGCGUAGGAAUUACUAAGGUACUCUGAGAUGUGGAUAAAGGGAAAGGAGACCCAAAAAAUAAAGUGAAUAAAUUAGAAUUCCAGUGAGGAGCCAGGAAUGCACUGCACAACCACAAACCAUCCUUUAGGGCCCUGAUUCAGGCAGACAUGCCUAUUUGGGACAGGAUUUGAGUGCAUGCCUGAAGUUGAGCUCAUGGGAACAUUAAAACCCAACCAAAGCAAACUCACUCAUUCUUAGAAAUAGCAAUGCUGCAAACAGUUUUAGAGAGUCUGUUGAUUUUUUUAUAUUUUUCAAUCAAUAGUUGUCUCUAAAUGUUUCAUUUAAAUAUCCACUAAAGCCAUCAAAAAUUAUCUCAAGUCACUUUCAGAAUGUUUUGCCUAAUCAGUUUUGCAAUGAACAAUUUAUCACAGCAAGAUUUUUUUUCCGUAAAAGAAAAAAACAUUCAGCAACCCAUUCAGUAAUAGUAUGGAUAAUGUUUACUACAAUUAAAAAGGGGAAAAAUUGAAAAAAUCAUGAAACAUGGAAGAUAUCAAAUAGAGUAUAAAGAUCUUUCUAACAAAGCAGAAAAGUACUUAAGAUUUGGUUGAUUUUUUAAUAAGUAAAUUAAGUUGAAAUAUGUUAAUUUGAGAGAAAUCAGGAAUGCUAUGAACAGUGGAUGGCUCAUUCCAGUAUUUAGACUGAUUUCAGACAUACUAGUUAGAAAUACCAUAGUUCUCAUUGUAGGUGGGAUUCCUCCGAAAUGGCUUUAGAGUGAUUCAACAGCUUGCAGACUUUGUAUACAAUCACUUUCUUUUGUAAGCUCAUAAGCAUGAGCUCAAUACCUGUGACCUGGCUUUCACUUCACAGGCAUGAGGUGCAAGCACUCAUGGAUCUGUGGUGGCCUGAGCCAGGUGCUCACAUGGCAGAGUAGGUGCCGGUGCUGCUGCUCUCGAUACAUGGGCCAGCUGGAUUAAACCUGACUCAGGUAUACUGAGACAUGCUGCACUUGCAGCUCUCCGUUUUGAUGUAGAUCUAGGAUGAGCAGGUUACAAAAGGGAAAACUACCUCUUACUGAUAAGGGCCAUCACUCAUGGUCGCUGAUGAACCUGAAUCAAGCCCAUGGUAACCAUGGCAUGAAUUGCAUGGUGCCAGAAACAAUCCUGAGUACUGUUUGUCCUCAUCUAUACUUGCAGCUUAAAUGGUCCCUGUGAGAUUCUACCGUGUAAGAAUAUUUUUCUUCUCCAGAUACAUGCCCUCAGGAAAAUAUCCUUUGAUUUGUUGGGGUACAAAUUAGUCCCAGGAUUAUGACCAGAACUACUAGCAAUUACUGGGGUUUUUUUAUUCAUGGCAUCCUGUUGCCUUUCUCUAGAGAUUCUUCCUGGGAAGUCUCAUAAUUCUGUACACAUGAGAGUAAAACUGUGAAUCUUGUGGAAAACAAGACAAGUAGCAACAUAGUUUUACGUGUAGAAAAAUAAGGCAAAAUGACACAAGGAAUCUGAGCUGGCUGAGGCUGCAGUUAAAGCUCGGUGUUCUUUCCUUCGUCCUGUGGUUUAAUUACUGUGCAAAAACAAACUUACUAUCCUAUAAAGAUGCUUACAACAACUCAGCUGUACUCAGAAAAUCCACUAUGAAGUAGGUUGUCCAAUACUACCACUCUGUGAUUUAUAUAGGAAAGUUGACAUCUGUGAGACAACAUAAAUUUUCUAGAUUGGCCUUUACAUGAUUAUGUCUUUCAUGAAAGAGCCUGAUCGGCUGCAAACGCGUGUGCAAAAAUAAGGUGCCAGUAUCUCAGCUGGGUACUUAAAAAUGGAGGCACUUAAAAUUAUGGACAAUUUUAGGAGAAAAAAAAAAGAGCCUUAUACAUAGAGUGAGUCAGUAUUCAAGGCAGGUAUAAGAGACCAUUAGAAAGUAAAUUCAGUCUAUGAACUGUCUCUUGAUCAAUCAGUUAACUGCUGUAAACUGGCAUAGGUCCACUGAAACUGGUUUAUUUUAGGGGUGAAUUGGGCUCGUUUUACCUUUAGUAUCAGUGUCACUGACAUUGUUGCUGUCCUGGUUCAGGCCUACUUCUAUCAGCUUCAGGGGAUUUUCUUCUUGUAUCUUCCUUUCUCUAGAGAUCUUCUGACUUAUGUAGCAGCCUUAUAACCUGUGAACUUGCUUCUUCCCUGGGAGUGAGGUGCCAAAGUCAGACUGCAGAGAGGCUGCAGCUUUGGCAAGUAUUACCAUUAUAAGUGUAGGUUAGAGAGAGGAAUGUCUCAGCCACUACAUCUAGGGACCAAUUUGGGUUAAGAUGCAACAUCUAGGGGAGUAGACUUCAAUGCUUUCCUCUUGGAUACUACUAUAAAAUACACUGGAGAUAUACAGGCUCCCAAUUCACUGAGAGAGAAAGAAGCAAAUUCACCCAGGUAAAUAUAUAUGCAUACUUCUAUAAAUUAUAAAUUUGGUUGAGUCAACAAGAUUUAUUUACAGCCUAUGCUACAGUUUUAUGCAGUAGAAGCUAAUAAUCCACAGUGACCUUUAGAUUAGUCUGGUUAAUCCCACCCUGGAGGAGGGAAGAUGGUACAGCAAAGUGGAGGUCCCACUCAGAAUAGUGAGUACCUACCAGCUAGUAGAAGUUUCUUACUUUAUCUCUCAUUUAACACUAGAGGAGAAUUGUGGAUGGUAUCAGACACGGUUUAACUAAUCAGUGUAGGUAUGCCAGGCUAGCCCAAUGUUGAUGGUGCUACUCAUUAGCAGGAGCUAAAGAGGCUAGGGAGGUGUGGGCUUGGAUUUAGCAAAUCUUCAGCCUCUUUGUUUAGGCUUGUAACUUGACCAAUGGAAAAUCAAAGAAAAUAAGGAAACUUUCCCAUUAGAAUGUUAGCCAUCUAAAUAGGCAUUAGGACCCAAAAUAUUUCCUGAAUGUCAGCUUGAGGGACUGAAUCAGAAGAAACAUUGCAAUUGUUACUUUUUAAAACAGCUGUUUUGCUGGGAAGGAACCUGAAAUGGGAAAGUGGAUCCAAUCCACCAGAGCACAGAGGUUGUUCUCUGUCCACAUCUCACACUUCAGACCUUCAUGGCUUGGAUCCCAUUAGUGCUGCCCACAUCUUGUGAAGGACAAGAACAAUAUUCUGCACACUCUAAGGACUGACAAAUUUUGCAGUUUUUCUUCUUGCUGGAAGAAUGGGAACUGGAAUGAUGGCCUCAUGGAAAUCAAAGAGGUCAGAGCAGGACAGAAAAGACCGAGGACAAGAGAGUGGUAAGACUGGAAACAGGAAAGGUAAAUGGUUUGGAUAGAGGUGACCUGACAGAGUAAAGAUAACAUGGUGAGAGGCAAGUGGAAAAAGGUAAAAGUGCGAAUGCAUGAAGGGAAGUGGGAUGUGAAAGAGGAUGGGACUGGAAAUGUGUCCAGAGGAAAUAAUUCAAUUCAACAGAAACUAGAAGGAUGGGAUAGCAGAGCAGAAACAUACUUAGUGGAGCAGAGACAUAUGAAGAGCAUAAGAAGGAGAAUGGAGAGUUUAUUUAUUUUGACUUUUACUGACAUAGUAAGAUAUUUGCACGAGCCUUGUGAACUCACUGAAUUGCAGAUUCUGUUCUGUAUUAUAAUCUUUAUCAUGACUCGUCAUGUAGUGUGACCUCUGCUCUGAAGUAGGCUGUUCAGCUAGUGUGUUGUUGAAAGACCAGAGCUGAGAGUCCACUGUAAAACCAUGAAAAGUCACCAAUUUUGAUGUUCCUGCAUACUCAUCAUUCACUGCCAACAACUGAUAUUCUAGGAAAAUGCUUCUCUUUGAGGAAUUCCCAUUCAGUGUUACACAGUAACAUGGGAGAGGUUGUAUUUCUUCAGGGGCAAAAGGGUAGGCCACACAGCAAAACAUACCAUAAGUCUAGACUGAAGGAAGAAAUUAUUUGCCAGGCCUCUCAACUCCCAAAACUGAGUGAGCAUAAAUAAAGUUUAUCCGAACAAUGCUAUUUUGUAAAGGUUUGUAACUCUUUGUUGCUUUCUUAGGAAUAAAAAUUAUUAUAGUUAAAAAAUCCAAUAAAA